AUGCACAAGGCUGUGAUGGCUACGUACCAUCACAUCACCUUCAACAACACUCGCAAACCGUGCACUUUGCCCAACAGGCCCCCAACUCCUGGUGCCAUCAAAAUGCUGCGGAGGCCACGGAAAAAAACGAAGAAUAUUGAAGAAUACAGCCAGCAUGGCAUGACAGCAUUCGACGAAAUGAAGCUGUUGGAGCACAUUGGUGUCGAACCUUAUGGUGAGAGUGCCGCGGUAGAUCUGAAUGUUUGCGCCGACUGGCAGCAGCAGAAGCUCCAAGACGUCCUCUCAACUUAUAAGCCCAGCGACAUCUUCAACGUGGACGAAAUGGCGCUUUUUUAUAAACUUCUUCCCAACAAGACUCUCAGCUUGAAAGGUGAGAAGUGUACAGCAGGAAAACACAGCAAGGACCGCGUUACUGUUCUGGUGGGAGCCAAUAUGGACGGGUCCGAAAAACUGAAGCUUCUUGUCAUCGGAAAAGCAAAGAGACCUCGGGCUUUUAAAGGUGUGAAAGGACUCCCGGUAUUUUACGAGGCAAAUACCAAGGCUUGGAUGACCCAGGCAAUUUUCGAAACCUGGUUGAGGGAGAGAGAUGCAGAGUUCACCAAAAAAGGCAGAAAGGUUGUGUUCAUUGUGGACAAUUGCCCAGCGCAUGGUGAAGUGCGAGACCUGAACUCUAUUCGGCUGGAGUUCCUCCCUGCCAAUGUGACAGCCGUGCUCCAGCCAAUGGACCAAGGCGUUAUUCGAAAUUUAAAAGUGUUUUACCGUCGCCACAUCCUUAGAAGGAUGAUGCUGUAUAUGGAGAGCAACAAAGGGUACACCGUAGACCUCCUUUCUGCCAUCCACAUCUUGGCCCAGUCAUGGGACGAGGUUGCAUCUACAACCAUUUGGCGAUGCUUUGGUCACGCGGGCUUCCUUGAGCAAGUGGAUGCAAGCCAAGAAGGGUCGGAUGCAAGCCAAGAAGAGUCCGACGCCGACAAUGCUGAAGCAGACACUGUUUUUGAUUUGGUGGCCCAGAGGUGCGGCUCUGGCACUGGGACAAUGGAUGAGUACGAAGCUGUUGAUGAUGACGUGGUCACCUGCCGUGAGGAUACUUUAGUUGACAUACUAAAGGAAGUCGAAGAAGGCACAGGUGAUGAAAGUGAGGAGGAGAUGGACAGUGACGACCACCAGAGUGCCCCACUGACUUCAGAGGCAAGCCAGGCAGUAGAACUUCUCCAGCGGUACUUCCAGAAGGAGGGCUGCUUGGAGCAUCUGUGCAAUUUAAACAAGAUGAAUGCGUACUUGGUGAAGCAGUCCCACACCAAGCUGAAGCAAGCCACCUUGCACAGCUUUUUUGGGGGUUGCGACCCUUAA